AAUAGUAAAAAAGAAAAAAACAAAAUAUGCAGUCAAUGUCAAAGCCCUCCUCUCCUCAUUGAUAAGUAGUCUCCAUUAUAGGAGUUAAUGAUUCUAAAAGCCGUGGGAAGUUUAAAAAGUGCAUAAAAGACUUUCCUUUUAGACGUUUUAUAACUCAAAAAAAGAUAAGGAAAUACAAUAAAAAGCCAAUUUUUACACUUUUUGGGAAAGAGAGAACGGAAAACAGAGAGAGAAAAGGCAAGGCAAUACCGGGGAACAGAAACGCAGAAACUGGGCACAACCCGCAACAUAUAUGGCUUCGUUUCCCUCAAACUCUCUUUCCAUUCCUUUACGCUCCUCUUAGCUAUUUUCUGAACCCCACUAACCUAAAAUACAAAACAAAACCCACUUCACUCUCAUCCUCACCACCUUCUUCACAUCCAUUUCCAUGGCGUCAACGGCUACUUUUUGGUUUCUUUUGGUGGCGUACUUCAUGGCCUUGACUUGGGCUCAAACAAAACCAACUUCAGAUACAUUGUUGGAAACAAGAGCUUUGACCUCCUUCAAGCUCGCCCUUCAUGACCCGGCUGGAGCUUUGGACGGUUGGGUCUCGUCCACACCAUCCGCUCCCUGUGACUGGCGGGGGGUCCUGUGUUAUGGUCACCGAGUUCGUGAACUCAGAUUGCCUCGUCUCCACCUCGGCGGCCGAAUCAGUGAGCAACUCUCCGAGUUACGCCAGCUUCGGAAGCUGAGUCUACACUCGAACAACUUCAAUGGCUCAAUCCCUCCUUCUCUUUCUCAGUGUGCUCUUUUACGAGCUGUUUAUUUUCAGGACAACUCACUUUCCGGCGAGUUGCCUCCGUUUCUUCUCAAUCUCACCAACCUUCAAGUCCUCAAUCUUGCUCGGAACUUGUUCUCCGGAAAAAUAUCCGGCUACGGCAUUUCGCCAAGCCUCCGAUACGUCGACCUUUCGUCUAAUGAAUUCUCUGGCGAGAUUCCAACGAACUUUUCAUCAAUCUCUCAGCUUCAGCUUCUCAACUUGUCGUUUAACCGGUUCACCGGAGAGGUUCCGGCCACCAUUGGAGCGCUUCAGGAGCUCGAAUAUCUGUUUCUGGACUCUAACCAGUUGUACGGAACACUGCCUUCGGCCAUUGCCAACUGUACCUCGCUUGUUCAUCUAAGCGCCGAAGACAACGGUCUCCGAGGUUUAAUUCCGGCGACCAUGGGAACGAUUCCAAACCUUAAAGUUCUCUCCUUGUCGAGAAACAACCUCUCAGGUUUGGUUCCCAUUUCCAUGCUCUGUAACGUCGCUGUCAAUGGGUCUUCUCUGGAGAUUAUUGAGCUGGGAUUUAAUGCUUUCACGGGCAUGGUCAAGCCGCCAAAUGGGUGGUGUUCUUCGAGUCUUUUGAAGAUUUUAGACCUUAAAGAGAAUCACAUAAAAGGAGUGUUCCCUUCUUGGUUGACUAAUUUUACGACUUUAAGGUCAAUGGAUCUUUCUGGAAACUUCUUUUCUGGCCCAUUAUCGGUUCAGAUUGGAAACCUUGUCCGGUUGGAAGAGCUACGGUUAUCAAACAACUCACUAGUUGGGGAAGUUCCCGUAGAGAUUGUACAAUGUAGUUUGUUAAAGGUUUUUGACCUUGAAGAUAACAUGUUUUCAGGCCAGAUCCCCUCCGUUUUGGGAGGACUGAGGAACUUGAAAAUGUUAUCUAUGGGCGGAAACUCAUUUUCCGGUACCAUUCCGGUGAGUCUCGGAAUGCUUUCGGAGCUCGAAACGUUGAAUCUGAGCAACAACAAUCUGACUGGGAAAGUCCCGGAGGAGCUCAUGCAGUUGAGUAAUUUGACUGCAUUGAACCUCAGCAACAACAAGUUGGGUGGACAAGUUCUGACUGAUAUUGGGAGCUUGAGCAACUUGCAGGUUUUGAAUUUGAGCAAUUGUGGUUUUACAGGAAGAUUUCCUACGAGUGUUGGGAACUUAAUGAAGCUUUCUACAAUGGAUUUGAGUAAACAAAAACUCUCUGGGCAGUUGCCAAUUGAGAUUUUUGGGUUGCCAAGUCUACAGGUGGUUGCUCUCCAAGAAAAUCAUCUCUCUGGUGAUGUCCCCGAAGGUUUUAGCAGUUUGGUCAGUCUAAAACAUCUAAACCUCUCAUCCAAUUUCUUUACUGGUGAUAUUCCCACUACCUAUGGAUUUCUGCGGUCCUUGAAUGUCCUAUCAUUAGCAAGUAAUAAAAUUUCAGGUGUUAUCCCAGAAGAGAUUACUAAUUGUUCUGAACUUCAAGUCAUUGAGCUUCGUUCGAAUGGCUUUGUGGGCAAUAUUCCUGGUGGUAUCUCUAAACUCUCGUAUCUGGAGAAGCUUGAUUUGGGUCAAAAUAGAUUGAUUGGUGAAAUCCCAGAUGAGAUCUCAAAGUCUUCUUCUCUAACUUCUCUAUUGUUAGAUGAGAACCAACUUUCAGGCGCCAUACCGAGUUCACUGUCAAAAUUAUCCAACCUCACAGACUUAGACCUCUCCUCCAACAGAUUAACUGGAGUUAUACCAGAGAAUAUCUCACUCAUUUCUGGCUUGAAACAUUUGAAUUUGUCCCAUAACAAUCUCGAAGGCGAGAUUCCAAAGCCUCUAAGUUCUCGAUUCAAUGAUCAAACUGUUUACGCCAUGAACUUGAGAUUAUGCGGGAAGCCACUGCAUAAAGAAUGUGCAAGUGUUAGGAGAAGAAGAAGGAGAAAGCUGAUGCUUUUAAUUGGUGUCUCUGUAGCGGGAGCUUGCCUUGUGGGAUUCUGCUGUUGUGGCUAUAUCUUUAGCCUGCUGCGUUGGCGUAAAAAACUUAGAGAAGGAGUAUUAGCAGGAGGAAAGAAGCGGAGUCCUGCUCGAGCGAGCUCAGGAGCUGAAAGAGGUAGGGGAAGCGGCGAAAAUGGAGGGCCCAAACUAGUAAUGUUCAAUAACAAAAUCACAUUGGCAGAGACAUUGGAGGCAACAAGACAAUUCGAUGAGGAAAACGUUUUGAGCAGAGGGAAAUACGGACUCGUAUUCAAGGCCUCAUUCCAGGACGGAAUGGUGCUCUCAAUUCGCCGCCUUGCAGACGGUUUCCUAGACGAAGGAGGAUACCGAAAAGAAGCGGAGUUGCUCGGAAAGGUUAAGCAUCGGAAUCUCACAGUUCUAAGAGGCUAUUACGCCGGUCCCCCUGACGUGAGGCUUCUUGUAUAUGACUACAUGCCUAAUGGAAACCUCGCGACUCUUCUCCAAGAGGCGUCUCAUCAGGACGGUCAUGUACUCAAUUGGCCAAUGCGCCACCUCAUUGCACUCGGCAUUGCACGAGGCCUGGCUUUCCUCCACUCACUCUCGAUGGUACAUGGCGAUAUCAAGCCACAAAACGUUCUAUUCGAUGCCGAUUUCGAAGCCCAUAUAUCAGAAUUCGGGUUGGACCGGCUAACGAUUUCGACACCGGCCGAAGGAGCGUCAUCCUCGUCAACCCCAGUUGGUUCAUUGGGCUAUGUUUCCCCUGAAGCUGCAUUAACAGGGCGGGCAACGAAAGAAGCCGAUGUUUACAGUUUUGGAAUCGUUCUGUUGGAGAUUUUGACCGGGAGGAAACCAGUGAUGUUUACUCAAGACGAGGAUAUAGUCAAAUGGGUGAAGAAACAAUUGCAGAGAGGUCAAAUCUCGGAACUACUUGAACCGGGUUUGCUCGAAAUAGACCCUGAGUCAACGGAGUGGGAAGAGUUCUUGUUGGGUGUCAAAGUUGGUCUUCUUUGCACUGCUCCUGAUCCACUCGACAGACCAUCCAUGGCUGACAUUGUGUUCAUGCUCGAAGGUUGCCGGGUCGGAGCAGAAAUCCCAUCUUCGGCCGAUCCCACGUCACUCCCCUCCCCGGCAUGAUUCUUUUUUUUUAUUAUUAUAAUUAAUUAAUUAAAAAAAAGAUUACUUCUCAAAAGAAGUCAUUCUUUUUAGUAUUGACAAUUAUUUUAUUGCAUGCAUUAUCAUCUUUGUAUAAUCUACUUUUGUUUAAUUAAUUCCAUAUUCUUUUCGCUAUU